CUUAAAGAUCAAAGGUGCGAUUUGCAAGAGCAAGGGCUCCUCCGUAUGGUAACGGAACUUUUCCUGUGUCUUAUUGGGGGGAGUAUAUGCUGCCUGGUUGAAGACUGCCUGGACGAGGACGAGAGCGGGACGCAAGAAUACAGACAUGUUAGUGAGAGCCACUUGGAGAGGAAUUGGGAGGCGAUGGGUGAAGCUUGAAGGCAAGGGAAUAAUGAGUAUGGGCUUUUAUGAGAGACAAAUUCAGCUUUGACCCUUGGGCGGGAGGGUUGCCGGCGGUUAAAAAUAAGAAUAGGGAGUUGGAACCAUAAUGCGAACCCGCGGAGGUCGCUGGGGGUGCCCUGCCCGAAUACUCAAAGCCCUGAGAUUAGCAUUCUUGUCGGUUUCAAUGAAAUCUUGCCGAUUGGCGGUCGUCGCACGUUCAAUGGAUUGCCAUCGCGUGGACGGGGUUAUUGUUUUGAAAUUACCGUGGAAGUAUCAACCCAGCAUCACAGAAAGGGACUCCGCAGGAACAGCCAUUCCGAGACGUGUGGCCCUGCUUGUCCGCGGAAGGAUGGGAAGUCUUGACACGCUCACACACGUAGAAAGAAAUGCGACCAUGCCAACGCGGGCCACCGCCGGCGGUGGACACUUUUGGACACUGCGAACCACCGUCGGCCCGCUUAUGUAGUACUUGCGCAACGAUAGAGCCCUCACCAAAUAUUUACCCAGACUCCACUCAAGUAGUCGCAUCAGCGCUU